AUGACAAUGAUAGCUUUGCUGCUGCUGGCGCUGGUCGCUCACUCCUUUGCUCUGCCUCUGCCCUCUGAGGACACAGACAACGUGCUUUUAGCAGAGAAAUACCUUCGUCGGUUCUAUGGCCUUCCAGCUGGUCUCCAAGGUAGACAGGGCUCAACAAGUAGCUUUCAGACCAAGAUCAAGGAAAUGCAGAAAUUCUUCAAACUAAAGGUGACGGGGAAUCUGGAUGACAAUACUUUGGACCUGAUGAAGCAGGCCAGAUGUGGUGUCCCAGAUAUUGGCGAAUACAACCACUUCCCUCAACACCUUAAAUGGCAAAAUAACAACGUCACAUUCAGGAUAUUGAAUUAUACACCAGAUCUGAAGAAGGCUGAUGUAGACAGAGCCAUCCGCAAUGCGCUGAACGUUUGGGCUGAUGUCACCCCUCUGAUCUUUAAGAAGCUGCAUGAGGGCACCGCUGACAUUAUGAUCAGCUUUGGAACAAAAGAACAUGGAGACUACAAUCCCUUUGAUGGGCCAGAUGGACUGUUGGCUCAUGCUUACCCACCUGGCCAAGGACUCGGAGGAGACACUCACUUUGAUGAGGACGAACACUGGACCAAAGAUUCAUCAGCUUACAACCUGUUCAUAGUGGCAGCCCAUGAGUUGGGCCACGCCCUCGGAAUGUCUCAUUCUUCAGACGUGGGCGCCCUGAUGUACCCCAUCUACUCAUACGAUACAGGCUACCCACUGUCUGAGGACGACAUUGAAGGCAUUCAAGCUCUCUACGGCCCAAACCCGAAUCCAAAGAAGGUGAAGCCAAAGCCUGACGCACCGAACAAAUGUGACCCCAUGUUAAGUUUCGACGCUGUCACAGAGCUCAGAGGGGAAACCAUUGUCUUCAAAGACAGAUUCUACUGGCGUCUGCAUCCUCAGAUGCCAGAGCCAGAGGAGACACUGAUCCAGACCACAUGGCCAUCCCUCCCCAAAAAGGUGGACGCUGCGUACGAGAACCCAGAGAAGGAUGUGGUCAUCAUAUUUAGCGGGAUCCGAAUGUGGGCUUUGAAUGGAUAUAACCUUGUUGAUGGUUACCCGAAGUACAUUCAUAAGCUUGGACUUCCCAAGAGCAUAAGGAAAAUCGAUGCAGCUGUCUACAUCAGAGACACAGGGAAAACUCUACUCUUCACCGAUGAGGAAUACUGGAGCUAUGAUGAAGCGACAGGCACCAUGGAUAAGGACUACCCAAGAUCCAUUGAAGACGAUUUUCCUGGAAUGGAUGACGAAGUCGACGCUGCUGCUUAUCACUACGGAUACUUGUAUUUCUUCCAUGAACACCUGCAGUACGAGUACAGUUACACCUCAAGGAAGGUCAUGCGCAUCCUGAGAACGAACUCCCUUCUCAACUGCUGA